CUAAAAAAUGUAUUGACCAAGAUCCACAGAAACGACCUACUGCAAACGAAAUUUAUUUAAGACUUGAUCAUCUUUGGAGUUAUAUUUAUUAUAGUAAAAAACUUGAUAAACUUCAUAUAAAAGAAAAAUUCAUGGCUGCUGAUAAAAUUAUUAAAACAUUACCAGAUAUUAUACGACACCAUCCAGAUUCAAUGUAUACUAGUAGAAUUAUUAUUACAAAAGAGCUAUUUAAAGAUCAACCAAAAAAAACAUAUUCUAACAAUUUACUUUCAGAAGAAUUUAAGUCUGUUAAUUUAGAUUAG